CUGAACAUGACAGUUGAAAUAUAUCUAAACAUUGUGUAUUGAUUUUGAUAUUUUGAUCCACAAUAAAGACCUAAACAUAUUUUUUCGAAAGGAAAUGAAACAAGUAAAAUAUAUACUUUUAAAAAAUAAGUAAAAUGAUUUUAUUGUAGAAAAUUUUUAAUCUCAUAAUCCAAAAUACCAAAUGAAAAUCUACUUGGGAAAUAUAUUUUAUGUUAUUACUUUCGUAAGUCAACUUUUCGAAAUCCAAUCAUUUGACUAUCAGCAUAAAAAUGAGUGGUAUAAACAGUAUCCAGAUUGCGCUGGGAAAUCUCAGUCUCCUUUGGAUAUUAACACAAGCCACAUAAAAACUGAAAUCAACAAUCCAAUCAGAUUCAAGGGUCACGAUCAACAACCACGAGAAAUGUAUUUAAAGAAUAAUGGCCACACUGUUGUAAUUAAUCCUGUAUAUUCAUCUGAAGAGCCAAGUGUGGAAGGUGGAUCUCUUAAUGGAACAUACAUUCUAGACAGCAUUCAUUUCCAUUGGGGCUGUAGAAAUAACAGAGGAAGUGAACAUACUGUUAAUGGAAAACAUUUUCCUUUAGAAAUGCAUAUGGUACAUUAUAAUGAUUUUUACUGUUCAUUACAAGAUGCUCAAGAUAAACCUAAUGGUCUCGCGGUGAUUGGAAUAUUUUUUACGAUUUGUAAUAAAAACGAUGGUUCUACACUUAAACCUUUAGUAGAGAAUUUGAUGAAAAUAAAAAAAGCAGACGAAAAAUCAUCAAUAACGCCAUUUCCCCUUAAGAUUUUUAAUUUAAUGGAAGAAAUAAAAUUUAUCAUGUACCAAGGAUCGUUAACCACACCUCCAUGUCAUCAAACAGUAACUUGGAUACUGGCGGGAAAAAUUCGUAAAAUCACUAAUGAACAGAUGGCAGAAAUUAGGAAGAUAAAUUUAAUGCAUGGAGAUUUGGAAAACAGCCGACCAGUUCAGCCAGCAAAUAAUCGCAUUUUGAAUAUUGUUAAAGGUUCACUGUGCACAAUAUAAAUGUGAAAUAAAAAGAAAAAUUAAUGAAAAUUUUUACUGUUUUACUUCUGAUUAAAAUUACAUAAUGAAACCAUUCUGCCUGACUGCAACUUUUUUUUACAACUGAAUUUAUAUAAGAGAUGAGGGAGGAAGAUUAAGGAAACGAUUAAAGGUCAAAGAUGCUAAAGAAAAUCUAUCAUGUGUGUAGAAAGUUUUACAGCUAUAAAGUUUUCUGGUGAAACUUCCUUUAUUGCAGUUGAAUCGAAGUUUUCGGUUUCCGAGUUAUUAGACGACUAUUUAUGAAAAUAUAUACUAAAUAGUAAGAAUAUUAUCAUGACAGUUUAAUUUAAGUCUGUCAAAAUGUUAACACCUGCAUGUGUCAGUGACAUAGCAAAAGGGACUACACAAACCAUUAUGAUCUUCAAUAGUGGCUCCAUUCAGACUAAUUAGAACAUGGAUCAGAAAAUAAUUGGAUACAAACGGACAAAGGAGCUCAAAGCUGAUUAUAAACCAAAUAAACUAGA